AUUCCUAUUUCUUCAUAACGGGCUCUUCCGGAUCGGAUAUAAGGAAAAUUCUUCGUCCCCUUCAACGACGUCGGAUCGAGAAGUCAAGGCGGGAGUUUGCUCGCUGCGCUUCUUCGGCCAAAUUCCGCAAAUCCGCCGAACUACAGGAUUUAGUCCUGUUAAAUCCUGUUGCCAAACACCCCCUAGGGUUUGUGCUCACAUGGAUUUGGAAUCUAACUACGAAAUCCACCGGACAGCGGAUUACAUCCGCAGUAACAACUUCGCCAGAGUCGCCUUGCAGUUUCCGGAUGAGCUACUCAAGGACUCGACUAGGGUGGCGAGGGCGCUGAGGAAUGAGCUCGGGCGGGGCGUGCGCCUCUUCGUCAUGGCCGACACCGCUUACGGUAGUUGCUGUGUGGACGAGGUCGGUGCCGCCCAUGUCGACGCUGAGUGCGUCGUCCAUUAUGGCCACGCCUGUAUGAGCCCGACAACUACAUUACCUGCCUUCUUUGUGUUUGGGAAAGCCUCAAUUGAUGUGAGUGAUUGUGUGCAAUCUUUACAUCACCACCUAUCCUCAAACAAUAAGCCUAUUAUGGUGCUAUUUGGAUUGGAAUAUGCACAUGCUUUACAAGACAUCAAAUCAGCAAUGGCGAUGUCAUUGCCAUCUACUGGGUUUAGUCCAAUGAUACAAUAUGCAGAAGUUACUUCUUCAGUUGUAAAUCCAUCCGGUGAUAGUGACGAAAUAAACGGACAGGAUACCAAAGUUGUAGAUUUAAAUUGUGACGAGAAGGACAAGACUUCAAAGUCUGAGAAAUGCAGUAAAUUGGUUACUGAUACCAGAUAUGACCUUGGAGGUCUAAAAUGGAGUAUUCCAAUGGAUCAGAAGAUCAAUGCUUACUUACUGCUUUGGAUUGGCUCUGAAGAUUCUGCAUUUGCAAAUAUUGUUCUUACAUUCAACAGCUGUGAAAUUGCCAGAUAUGACCCAGAGGGACGCCAGUUUCUACGGGAUUUUUUUCAUCAGAAAAAAACUCUGAAACGCAGAUACUAUCUUGUGGAGAAGGCAAAGGAUGCUAAUAUUGUUGGCAUUUUGGUGGGCACUCUAGCUGUUGCUGGUUAUCUUAGGAUGAUUAACCAGAUGAAAGAAUUGAUUGAAAGAGCUGGGAAGAAGUCUUACACGCUAGUCAUGGGAAGACCAAGCCCUGCCAAACUAGCCAACUUUCCAGAGUGCGAUGUUUUUGUCUACGUAUCUUGUGCCCAAACUGCUCUCUUGGAUAGCAAAGAUUUUUUGGCUCCAGUUAUAACUCCAUUUGAAGCAAUGUUAGCUUUUAGUAGUGGAAAAGAAUGGACUGGAGAAUAUGUGAUGGAGUUUCGUGACUUGAUGAUCUCUGCACCGCAAGAUAUCAAUCACAUUCAAGAAGCCCGGUUUUCAUUUAUCAAAGGUGGUUACAUGGAAGAUGUUCAACCUCAUGCAGAAAAUGAAGGCCAAACAAAUGAAGAAUCCCUUGCACUGUUGGAGUCCUCUAAGGCAGCUCUGAACUCGAUCGACCGACCGUCUAAUUCGAUCUUGUUCAAUGGAUCGGCUCAAUCCGGAGUGGAUUUCUUCGCCGCCCGUUCCUUCAAAGGACUCAAAAUGCAGUAUGAUAAUCCAUCACCCACCUCAUAUAUCAUUGGUAGGAGUGGUAGAGCAGCUGGUUAUGAUGAUGAGAAAGAGCUAAGAUAAUAGUUCAUUUUAGAGCCCCGAUCACUAUUACUUUAGAAGCUGGAGGAGCCUAAAGAAUAGUUUCUGAGUAAUUUAUCCUCUCAAGAGGGGUUGUUUGGUUCGAAGUUAUAGACUGUGAGAACAAGCUCUCAAACAUUAUAUUUGUUUCAGUUAUAUUUUUUAUUUAAAGAUGUCUGUAUUUUCAGUAUUGUGUUGCAGAGAUGACGAUAUUUAGGUAGAUGAAUGGCUUUACUAUUA